AGACCACCCUCCUCCCUUGAGAUUGCAACCCGAGCUCGACCACUGCAGUAUCAAAUCACCUCCGGCGCUUUUUGAAAAACAUAUAUAUAAAGCCUGUUUCUUUCUCUGCUGCCGAGUCUGAACUCUUUCAAGACACAAACACGAUGUAUCCUCUGAACGGCAGUAACUUUGCGGAGGACGUGUCGAGGGACGAGAGUUUGGACAAGCUGGAGAUCGUGCUCCUCAGUGUCAUCUUCAUGAGCGCCGCCAUCCUCAACACCUCCCUGCUGCUCGUCCUCUGGAGACAGCGCAAGCAGAUGUCCAGGAUGCGUGUCUUCGUCUUCCACCUGUGCCUGGCGGAUCUGGUGGUCGCUUUCUUCCAAGUGUGCCCGCAACUCAUCUGGGACAUCACAGACAGAUUCGUCGGACCAGACCUGGUGUGCCGCCUGGUGAAGUACCUUCAAGUUCUCGGUAUGUUUUCGUCUACUUACAUGAUCGUGGUGUUGACAGUUGACCGAUACCAAGCUGUCUGCAACCCGAUGGUAAAGUUCAAGCGGACAAGCACCAGGCUUAACAUCCCUGUGUGCAUUGCGUGGGGGAUUUCUCUGCUCCGCAGCUUGCCCCAGGUUUUUAUUUUCUCUCAGGUCGAAGUUGCACCUGGUGUGUUUGACUGCUGGGCCACUUUUAUCCAGCCGUGGGGGAUACAGACUUACAUAACCUGAACCACUCUGGUCAUUUUUAUUUUACCUGUUAUUACAGUUGUUUUUUGUCAAGUACGCAUCUGCCGAGCCAUUCAGAUCAACCUCUACCAAAAGAGUCAACGGCAGGGCAAAGUGGGUCUCCCUCUGCCAUCCGGAGCCAGCGGUGUGGCCGGCAUGUCCAAGGCCAGGGUGAAGACGCUGAAGAUGACGGUGGUUAUCGUGCUGGUUUAUAUUGUCUGUUGGGCUCCCUUCUUCACUGUCCAGCUCUGGUCCACCUGGGACACAAAUGCGCCGAAAGAAACUGCGUCUUUCACCGUCCUGAUGUUGCUGGCGAGUCUGAACAGCUGCGCAAAUCCCUGCAUUUACCUUCUGUUCAGCGGACAGUUUCCCCUGAGGCUCGUGACACUUCUGUGGCAGCGGCACCUCCACGGUAAGGAUUCAAUCCGCGAAGAGGCGACGCUGGUCAGCACGUUGUACACGAGCUUCAAAAAUGUGUCCGAGUCCAAAUGAGAGCCACAAGUUUUGAUCUGGAAACGUGAACAUCCUGCAUGCGAGAUCUCUCUCUCUCUGCGUUCGAACGACUGUUUCUUCUGAACAAGAGGCAUGGAGAUAAGAGAUACUGUACCUGUCGGAUCUCUGACAUAUGAACAAAAUAUGGUAUGCGUCAUGGAAGUAUUCACCAAAAGCAAACCUUCGUGGCCAUGAUUGAGAACUGCGCUCCAGAUGUUGGAUGCUGAAGGAGGACAAGAGCAAAGUGUUGGA